GCGCUCAUCCCUUUCCAGACCGAACCCGACACCAUGGGUCUUUAUCACGUGUACCCAACACGUCCCACUUUAGCUCCAGAGGGUCUCUUGACCUUGGAGGGUGUUACUGAUGCUCCCACAUUAGAUGGGGAGCACGUUAAUGAAGGUGUUCAUCCAGGACUUCCUUCACCUGGAAUUACCUCCGAUCAGCUUUUUGAAGCUUUUACAAACCCUUCAGCAGGUAUUUUGAUGGCAUGGCAGUACACUGGAACAAACGAGAAAUCUGGUGCUGAGUGGGAUCAUCUCGUGCAUUUCCUUAAGGACCCUCUUUUCAGACUGGAAGACCUGGGCAGCUUGAAUCACACAUGCGAACUCAAACGAUUGGAUGAAUACCUCAAGAAUAAAGCUAACCCUCUUUGA